CUGGUCUGCGAGAGCAUGGCGCGCGCGCAGGCGGCAGGCGCUGCGCGCUUCCUCCUCGAGGUGCGCUUGGGCAACGAGGCGGCUCUCCGGCUGUACGGCAGGUGCGGCCUCACAGUCGCCGGCCGCCGGCCGCGCUAUUACCGGGAUGGUGAGGACGCGCUCCUG